CGCUUCCCUGCUGCCCUGUGUACAGUACGCGACGCCGUAAAUUUGGUUUGAUGGCGAUGGAAAACAACCAAGGCCAAGCAUGGUCUCUUUCCGACCGCAAUCGUUUUGGCAUUGGGCUUGAGCUCCACAUGUUCUUCGCGAAAAUAACUCCGGGACAUUUCCGAUUCAUCGUCCACCGUACGCUCAUCCAGACUAGCAUGGAAUGA